UCAGAUGGCAGCGUGAGCGGAAUCUGAUUGCAGACCUUUAUGUAACCUUCCCUGACCCUCCUCCAUCUUUCAUGAAGUCAAACAGACGCCCUUUCUGUUGCAGCAGGACUCCAAAGAACCAGUUUUACCUGUUCUCUCACGAAGGAUCACUUUCCCUUCAACUUUCAACGAGAGAAAAAAAAGCCAAACUGGCCAUCUGGCUGUGGUGCUGUGGCGGCUUACCCACUGUAACUCCAGCUGUAUGCAUAGCCUCUGGCCGACAGCACAUUACAUCCAGACCCAGACUCGCUGGACUACAGAGGCAAUAGGCCAAGCUGACGCCGAACUGCCUGUCAAUGAGAAGGUCAGGCAAUCGUCUGUGAUCUCAGGUUAACCUCUGGACAACAAGAGACGAAACUAAAGAGGGCCAAAAGAAGACUUGGGCUAUUGUUCUUUAUGGGCACCUCCCAUUUAGAGGUAACCUCACUCUGCCAAAGAUCCCGGAAACUAAUAUGGCCUUCAGUGUGCUGGGAGUGUUUCUUGGACUGCUCCUCGAGGUCUCCUCACACGGACCAUCCAGUGGGCCGAGGACAUCAUGGAAGCAUGAAGAUGUAAAUUUGGUGGAGUUCUCUGAGCCAGGAGUCUUUAACUACUCUACACUGCUACUGAGUGAGGAGAGACAUGUGCUGUAUGUGGGUGCGAGGGAGGCCAUCUUCGAGCUCAGCAUGAAAGAUGUGUCUGUCAGGAAGAACAAGGUCAUCUGGAAAGUUCCAGAAACACACAUGGAAAAAUGUAUUGCAAAAGGAAAGUCAAAAGAGACAGAGUGUCUGAACUACAUUCGGGUUUUACAAGUCCUCAACAAAGACAGCCUGUAUGUCUGUGGGACGCAUGCCUUCCAGCCUCAGUGUGACCACCUGACCCUUAAAGAUUUUAAGCUUCAGGAGAAGCAGGAGGAUGGGAGGGGGAAGUGCUCCUUCGACCCGGCACAAAGUUUUACCACAGUCAUGGUUGAUGGAGAACUGUACUCAGGAACGGCUUAUAACUUUCUGGGGAGCGAGCCCAUUAUCUCCAGAUACUCCUUGUCCCAGAGUCUGUUGCGCACAGAGUACUCCACAUCAUGGCUUAAUGAGCCCAGCUUUGUGUUUGCUGAUGUCAUCCGAGAGAGUAAAAACAGUGCAGAUGGUGAUGAUGAUAAGAUCUACUACUUUUUCACUGAGGUGUCUGUGGAGUACGAGUUCUAUGGCAAACUACUGAUCCCCAGGAUUGCACGUGUCUGCAAGGGUGACUUAGGUGGCCAGAGGACACUGCAGAAGAAGUGGACAUCCUUCCUGAAGGCCAAGCUGGUAUGCUCUAUGCCUGAGCUCAACUUUGUCUUCAACGUGGUUCAUGAUGUGUUCAUCCUGAGGACCCCGGACUGGAGAGAAACGGUCAUCUAUGGGGUUUUCACCUCUCAAUGGGCAAAUGUUGGCUUGUCAGCAGUGUGUGCCUACAACAUGUCCUCUGUUGAGGAAGUGUUCUCAAAGGGGAAAUAUAUGCAGAAAGCCACUGUGGAACAGUCCCACACAAAGUGGGUUCGAUACAAUGGCAUCACGCCCAGUCCUCGGCCAGGAGCGUGCAUCAACAACCACAACCGUCUGCAAAACAUCAGCAACUCGCUGCAUCUCCCAGAUAAAACACUCCAGUUUGUGAAGGACCACCCACUGCUGGAGGACCCAGUGCUGCCCAUUGGUAACGGCCCCCGGCUCAUCACCAAAGACGUCAACUACACACAGAUUGCUGUGGAAAGGGUCCGUGCCCUUGAUAACAACAUGUAUGACGUCAUCUUCACAGGGACAGAUAAAGGAGUCUUGCACAAAUCCGUGGUUUAUGAGGGAGAAGUCCACACAGUGGAGGAAAUUCAACUCCUCAAAAAGGCUGAGGCCAUUAAGACGUUGCUUCUGUCCACACAAGGGGCCAGGUUUUUGUAUGCUGGUUCAGAUUCUGGUGUGGUUCAGUCGCCCACUGCUUUCUGUGAGAAGUACCCCACCUGUGGGGACUGCAUCCUGGCUCGGGACCCUUACUGCGCCUGGGACCCUCGCACCUCCUCAUGUGUCAACAUAUUCCACAACCAGGAAGUCACAGGCGUCAGUCGUUUGAUCCAGAGCCUGGCUGGUGACGUUGACCGAUGUCCUGCAGCCAGGAGACUUUCUACCAAGGAGUACCAGGGCAUGGAGGUGGAGCCAGGGAGUAUAGUAGAGCUGCCCUGCCCCCUGCUGUCCAACAAGGCAGUGGCACAGUGGAGAGUCAACGACAGCGUUCUGACCGAGCCCUCGCGGUUCCAGUUGCUGUCGGACACAGGCCUGGUGAUCUACAGCGUGGGCCCCGACGAGCAGGGCCUCUACGAGUGCUGGUCAGUGGAACGGGCCGCCGGCAAGGACUUCAGAAGCCUGGUAGCCAGAUACAGGCUCAUCCUGCAGACGCCUGUGAACCCGCACUCGCCAGGACACCUCCCCCGCUCCUCCUCCUCCGCCGCCACCUCCUCCGCAGCCUCGUCCGGCGCUAAGGCAGCGCACGUGCCCACCGCGCCUGCUGAAGGUAAUGGUAUCACCUCCGGCCCCCCUCCACUAACAUCUGCCCAGCCUAGCUCCACCCAGCAAACGCCCCCAAUAACCCUCACCCUCAGCUUGGGCGUCGGCCACACGGCCAGCGCCCUGCAGCCCAUGCCCCCGUCCAGUCACGAGCCGAGCGCCAAGACCGUGGACCCCUCGGCCGAGUACUUGCAGCACGACAACAGCGGCGCUCUCCUCUUUCUCUUCCUGCUGUUCUUCCUGCUCUUCCUGGCCGCGCUGGCGUACAACUGCUACAUGCGCUACCUGCCCGCGCCGUGCCUGCGGCUGCGCGCCGCCCUGCUGGGCACCCAGAAGAAGGCGCAGCCCGAGUACGUGGCCUGCGAGGCGGGACUCGUGGAGACGUCGGCCGAGAAGCCCGAGCUGACCGAGCAGCUGUUCCAGAACGGCGCUCAGCUGCGAGCCCUCCGCGACACCGGCUACGAAACAGAGCCAGAGUGUGGCAACGGUCAGGUCCCCUCACAGGGUUACAGUGAUGAAAGCCCCCCAAAAGAGAAGCCGUUUGACGUGGACUGUGUGUCGCAGCCUAUUGAGUAUGCGGACGCUGACUAGUAAGCUGGGGUGAGAGGGCGACGCUAAACUCCAUUCCAUUCAUCACGCAAUUCAAACACAGAGUUCAGUUGUUAAGCAGUUUAGUGUCCCUCAUUUCAAGCUCAUUCACACACCUUAAGAGUAUGUAGACUCGUCAAAUUUAGUGAUCAGAAGUGUUUCACUAAAUGAUAUACACUUUCCCCAAAACCUUCCUCCUGAGCUUGAUGCAAUAUGAAGAGUAUUUUUAAUUUUUGUAAUAUAGAAUUUAGCUUUAAACUGAACAACCUGUGUAACCUUGUGCAUCUUUCUGCAAGACAACUCAAUUUAAUUCCAAAUUGGAAACAUAAUUUACCAAAUUGGUAAGUGAACUUGAUGUUUUCCAAAUUGGAGUAUGGAGUACUUCUUUAUGUGUUUGUUCAUCGUUAGAGGCUUUGCUGUAAAACUGGCUCCAUGUUUCAGUGUGUCAGUACAUACCAUUGUGACCGAUGGUCAGUCAGCUGCCUCCAGACUGUGGUCCAUCACAUGUGGUAAACCUCAGGGAUGUUUGAUCAGACUUUGUUCUGGAACCUUACCAUUAAAUGCUUGAGCAGUGAGGAGAUGGGAGGGGGGGAGGGCAACCUUCGGCCAUACACACUGCCCAGAGAAGAGAGGGGCCCUGUCUGGGAGACUGAUCGGACUAGUAAAGAGACAAGGACAUGAGACUGCUGAAAUCCAAAUGGCUGAAGUGGUUCAUAAUGUUUCUGCAGACUGCAGAGUGGCAUUCUGUAAGUGUCGCUUUUCAAAUGUCCAGAUGACUUCUUCCUAACAGCCCUUUAACGGAGACUAUGCUAAUUCAGGUGGAGCUUGGGCAAGAUUUACUAUCUCACGACCACAGACUAACAAACAUAACAAGCAACCGGUACCACACCUGACCAAAAAUACGCUGAAUUCCAUGAUGGUUUUUGCACUCGUACAGAAAGUCACUAGACCAAGGGACUCGUAAUUGUGUUUCUUGUGUAUUUUAUGUUUUUUUCUUUUUUUUUUUUAAGUAUUUGCAGCCAUUUGCAACACCUUGUUGAAUCAUUGUGACUAGAAAACAUUUUUUUAAAGACAUUUUUUGUAAAUCAGGUGUCUGUUCCUAGAAUCUUCCAGAAUUAGUCAAGGGCACUCUUAGACAACGGCAGGUGAAAAGAAUCUCUUGUCUUCUCCCUAAACUU